AUGAAAGGAUUUGAUCUGGAGAAAAAAGACAAGAGCUGCUGCCUUCGUAGGAAGCAUAUCGUUCUCAUCUGCUUGGCUGUAAUAAUAAUUAUCAUUGCAGUUGGGCUUGGGGUGGGCCUGAGUCAGAAGACCUCCUCUACCCAUGAGGACACUAAACCUCUUCAGUAUUGCCAGGUCUCAAACAAUACCAAAGGGGACUGGACCAACUUUCGCCUACCUGACUACAUCAAACCAUUUCACUAUGACCUGCAUCUGGAGCCUAACCUGGACACAGAUGUGUACACAGGCACUGUGGCCAUCCACCUGAAUCUUAGCAAGCCCAGUACACACCUAUGGCUACACAUUCGUGAGACGUUUGUCUCUGCUGUACCUGUUCUGCAUCUCAGUGGCCCAGCUGGCACAAGCACCAUUGGAGUGAAGGGGUGCUUUGAGUACACUCCUCAGGAGUAUGUGGUAAUAGAGGCCAAAGAGGAGCUUAAGGUCACCGGCGUUCAUGAGCACUAUAUCCUCACGCUGCACUUUCAGGGCUGGCUCAAUGGCUCUCUGGUUGGCUUUUAUAAGACUACCUAUGUCGAGAAUGGAGAGGUUAGAAAAAUUGCAGCCACAGACCAUGAACCCACCGAUGCACGUAAAUCAUUCCCCUGUUUUGAUGAGCCAAAUAAAAAAGCCACAUACAAAAUUUCCAUCACCCAUGACAAGGUUUAUAAUGCUUUGUCCAACAUGCCAGUGGAGGGGUCAGAGGCUCUUCCUGGUGACAAGAUAAAAACGUAUUUUUUAACCUCAGUUAAGAUGAGCACUUACUUGGUGUGUUUUGCAGUGCACCGGUUUGCUUAUGUAGAGCGAAAGUCUAACAGUAACAUUCCGCUAAGGAUCUACGCCCAGCCUUCACAGAUCCACACUGCUGAAUAUGCUGCAGAUGUCACUAAGAUCAUAUUCGACUAUUUUGAAGAAUAUUUUGACAUGCCGUACUCCAUAGCAAAGCUUGAUAAAAUAGCAAUUCCAGACUUCGGAACAGGAGCGAUGGAAAACUGGGGUCUAAUCACCUACCGAGAAAGCAACCUACUGUAUGAUAUGAACGAGUCAUCUUCGUACAAUAAGCAGCGUGUGGCCAGUGUCAUAUCCCAUGAGCUUGUGCACCAGUGGUUUGGCAACAUUGUUACAAUGGACUGGUGGGAUGACUUGUGGCUGAAUGAAGGAUUUGCCAGCUUCUUUGAAUAUGUGGGUGUGGAGAAAGCUGAACCUCUAUGGGGAAUGCGUGACAUCAUGCUCAUUGAUGAUGUAUUUCCUGUCUUGGUGGAUGAUGCACUUCUUUCCUCUCACCCCAUUAUUGUGAAUGUGUCCACCCCAUCUGAGAUCACGUCUGUGUUUGAUGCUAUCUCAUACAGCAAGGGAGCAUCUAUUUUAAGGAUGUUAGAGGACUGGAUGGGUCGUGACAAAUUUAGAGAUGGCUGUCGGAAAUAUCUCAAAAACUUCCCCUUCCAGAAUGCCAAGACAUCUGAUUUUUGGAGAGCUCAGGCUGAGGUAAGCGGGUUGCCUGUAGCAGAUGUCAUGGACACGUGGACCAAGCAGAUGGGUUAUCCAGCGUUGAGCCUCACCACCACAGCUACAGAGACUGGGCUCACCCAGAAAAGGUUUCUUCUGGAUCCUACUGCAGAUCCCUCUCAGCCUAGCUCUCCUUUCAGAUAUAAAUGGAAUAUUCCUGUGCAGUGGCAUUCACUUACCACCAAUAAAAAUGGCACAAUUGUGUUUAAUCUAGAAGAGUCAGAGUUAAUUAUUACAAACUACAACCUUUCAACUGAUGGACUUAUCAAAGUGAACAAUGAUCACAUGGGCUUCUACCGCGUCAAUCAUCCUGACUACAUGUGGGAUGACAUCAGCCAGCAGCUGCUUGAAAACCACCUGGUGCUUAAUGCAGCAGACAGAAGUGGUUAUAUUGAUGAUGUAUUUGCUUUGGCAAGGGCAGAUACUGUUGAUUAUGGGACUGCCUUAAACCUGACUAAGUACUUGACCAAUGAGACAGAAUACAUUGUGUGGGAACGGGUUGCAUCUUCAAUAGCCUAUGUGAGGGACAUGCUAGCAAGUGACUCUGCAGUUUAUCCCAAAUUUCAGAAACUUUUCAGUGAUUUUGUGCAGAAGAUUUCCAGAGAACUAGGCUGGGAUGAUGUGGGCAGCCAAACAGAACGGCUGCUGAGGGAGACAGUGCUUGGCAUUGCCUGCCAAAUGGGUGAUAAAGAGAUUCUAGAUGAGGCUUCUGUUAUUUUUAAACAGUGGAUUACUGGAGCCAUCAGCAGUGUACCAGUAAAUCUGAGGCUACUGGUGUACCGAUAUGGUAUGAAGAAUGCAGGAACAGCUGAUAGCUGGGAGAUAAUGUUUGAGAGAUAUCUCAGUGCCACACUUGCUCAGGAAAAAGACAAGCUGCUCUACGGCCUGGCGUCCAUAGAAAAUGUCUCUCUUCUAAGCAGGUUGCUGGAGGCGUCGAAGAAUGAGAGCAUUAUAAGGAGUCAAGACCUGUUCACCCUGGUGCGAUAUGUGUCCCUAAAUAAGUAUGGCGAAAGCAUGGCUUGGGACUGGGUUACUCUUAACUGGGAAUACUUAGUAAAAAGAUAUACUAUUACAGACAGGAAUCUGGGGCGUUUACUUUCCAGGAUCAGUACGUCAUACAACACAGAGCUACAGUUAUGGAAGAUGGAACACUUUUUUGCCCUUCACCCGAAUGCUGGAGCAGGAGAAACACCCAGAAAGCAAGCUCUGGAAAGAGUAAAAAGCAACAUUGAGUGGGUAAAGCGCAACAAAGAUGAAAUCAAGCUCUGGUUGGACAGCAAUAUGCCCUAAACAUUUCAACAUUUCAAGCACACGGUUCAUCAAAACACUCCCACCUCCCACAAUUCUUUAU